AUGAAGGAUGCACAAGGACAAGUGGCGACGCUGGAGCAGGAGGUGACGGCCAAUGCGGAAGAACUCCAAUCCGCGAAAAACGAGGCGAGCCUACUAAGACAAGAACUACACGAGCAAAGUUAUGGCUCGUGAUAGGCCUUGUUUUUCUGGACUGUGUUUCUUGCCUAAUCUUCCAGCAGUCUUCGGUCUCUUUUCGCGAGGGUAGACCGAAGUAGCUGGGUAUACUACCCAUUCAGAGAGUUCCUCCUGUAAUCUAUCAGUAAAAAGUCCCUGGAUGUACAACUACUCAUGCGAGCAAGACACUGCCUCUUUUCGAAAAAUGUAGUUUUGAAACAUUGUGACUUAGAUUAUAAAUAUGUUCUCACCUCUAAAACAAAGAAGCGCAUGAAGCCAAGUCAGUGCAACUCGAGGCUACAAUCGCAUCACAAGAGGCGCAGUUGCGCAAUGAGCACGAAGACGAGGAGUGUACUAUUGCAACUAACCGCAGCUAACUGUUCACGAUUUUCUUCGUAGUUCUUUUCCAUGGAAACAAGAGGGUGAGGACGACAAGAAGCUUCAGUUACUUGCUAGAGCUGAGUUAGAGCUAGAAGAACUGCAGACAAACGAGUGCUCAACUCUACAAGAUCCGUUUUUGAGGAUAGAGACACUGUUACUCGACAGUAUAGACGUCGUGGCAAGAUUCAUUCACUCGCGUGACACUCUCACCAGGUACAAAACCGGGCAAGAAGGUAGUGAGAAAUAUAGGUGCAACGAACAAGGCUGGCGAGGGCGUAUCAACAUGCAAUUUAUUCCAGUCUACACAGUUCGUCUUUGACGGGGAACACGGGCCGACGUGGUUGCCAGAUGGUACAGUUCCAAAGACUUUCAAGCUGUCCAGAGUCCUAUUUUCUAAUUUAUUUCUUCUAUACCUAAAGUGUCUGCCUUUUUCACCUGGGUCUUGCGUCUCCCUGUUUCUAAUCAUUCUGAAGUUCUCACUCGAUUCUUUUCAUUGGUUUGCGCGACGGACUAGCAGGCACUAAGGAGAUAAAUAGGGACAAUCAAAGGAAAUCGAAGUCAGUAACUUUGGCUUGAAGUUGAACGCUUUAGGGCUCUGAUCAGUUUCUCAUUGUCGUGGCUCAUCAAAAAUUAGGUAUCCUAAUCACGACUAACAAGGGAGCGCAUAUAGACGUAAAGAGUGCUAUGAAGACGUACAGUCCAUCUCUUGCGAAACAGACCGCCUUGUCGUCCUGGUCGCUGAGGGAGGUCAACCAGCUGGCGAGUGCAAGUAAAUUUAUGGGUCAUAAUAUUUCUUUGUAUUUCAUGUGGAGCAUCCCAACUGAGUACUCCUGCAAUUUCAACAACCAAGCAACCCGCCUCCGAUGGGAAAGUGGAACAUUAAUAACAGGCUCCGUUGACAAAUAACAAGAGCCCCAGCACUUAGUCUUUUACUGAGGCCACUUCAUCCAUAUCUAAUGAAGGGAAUCAAGAUGCUUUUGCGGCCUGUGUGACGGACUUGCAGACGCUGUGGACCAAUAGCAUGAAGGAGGGCAGCAGCAUGGAGGCGCCUGUGACCGCAAGUGUGAGCGACGAGUGUAGUAACGCUUUUAUUUAAGGCUCAAAAUAUUGCUUCAUUUCCAGCGGCUCUUUUCUCCUGCUCUAUCCUUCUUGGGAUUCCGAAGAAAUGAGCUCAAGAAAUGAAAGGCCUUGGGUUCUAAAAUCAUAAUAAUGACGGACAAGGAGACUCCGGCACGCGCUUCGAAUUCAAAUAUUACGUCUUAAGGAGAAGGGUGGUAUUCCAUUAUCAUUAUCUCGCUCUCGCGUGAGGAAUGCUGAGUGGAAGAAAGGGCUUCUCCUGAUUUCACAGAGCUUUAAGAGGGAAGACGGGAAAAAUCCACUUGGGCAUCAUGGAUAAUGAAAAACUACCAAUCUCUAAGUGUGACCACGAUACUAGGUUCAUCAGAUGAAAAAUCCCUCGCCUUCGCAGCACGCGAAAACGGCUGCGGCAUCUCCGACGGACAACUGAGGAAUGAUUUCCCAGACUACAAAAUUCACUUCUUUGGCGGCACCUUCGUUAUGGCUUGCAGUACGUAGUCUCAAACUGGUUGACACUGAACCUUCGGAAUUGACAUUAUUGUCCAACAGGUGGGACGGGACCAAGGAUGUACUAGUUGUUCACCAGACAUACAGAAAUGCUCGCACGUCCGUCCCCCUUUCGUUUGGUAUAUAAAUCAUAGGCAUUGUAGUUAUCAUCCCCAUUAUCACAAGAUAAAGACCUUUGCAUCAUCUCCCUAGUUCUGUAUGAAGAAAAUACUUCUCAGGGAUGUAGUUCCCGUUUUCGGAGAUGUUUUAGAUAUCUCCACUAGUUUCGUCCUUUGUCAUGUUCGAUCUUUGCUACCCUCUAAUGAUAAUCGUGAUAUGAGGCAGCACAGCAGGACGCCGAAUUUGGACAAUUGGACUAUUGAACAUAGAAAAGCGGUGGCGGUGCUACUCAAGGAGAUCAAGGAAAGCAACAGUGGAGAUGCCAAAUUGGAGUUGGAGUUGCAGUGUAUGUGGAUUGGCUCCAGAAGAAAAUCAAAAUCCAGUUCCGGAGACGGAGUUGGCUAUCACCAUAAUGAUGAAGAUGAGAUAGAUUUAGAGAUGCUGAUGCUAGUUGUAGUUGGCAAGGACAGCGAACCUGUUGUGCGAAGUUUGUACUCAGUAUGCGACCCGAAGGUCCAAAAUUGCAUUAGAGAUGAGUAAUCUAUCAAAAUCUAUCUAGAAGUACUUCUUUCAGCAAUUUUGUAACCUAAUAUGUUUUCGACCAAUUUUGAACCGUAGCUCUUCUUCUUUGACCAAUUAUCUGUACUCUCUUAUCAUCAUGAUCGUAACACUCCAAGCAACAUGAUCUCAAACAACGAAACCGAGGACAGAGUUUUCGAAUUUUUUUCUGCGAAGACAGACAUCAGAAGACUGACGCACUAAGCAUGGCAUUUCAGAUUUGCAUAGAGACGCGCGAUGUGGAUUGUAGAGCAAGUUUUUUUAGGAAAGAGAAUGAUGAAGAGCAAGAUGAUGAGGAUAUUAUUUACAGAGGGUAGGACUAGGAGAAGUAGACAUUGGAGGUCAAGAUUUUUUUUUGUACGUGUUAAUAAACAAAGGACCACUGCUGGCCACAGGUAGAAGACGCAAAGGCAAAGAAAGACCCAAGGAUUAUGAUGAGGGAUCGACUCUACAAAAAAGAGUCACUGGUCGUUGUUGAUGCGCCAGCUUUGUCAGAUCCGAUGAACAACUUCAGCGAAGACUUGAUGCUUUCGGAGGACAAAGCCCGUGGGCAGGUGCAAAGGUGAUUUUACUGCUGAAUUGAUGCGCUAGCCUUUCAGAAGUCGCUACUGGUG